AUGACGAAAGCCCCGCUGGACAAUAUGAGAAUUCCCGAUGUCGGGAAGUGUCUGGUAAACCGCUCCCAGGGAGUCGAAAAAGAAAAGCACAACACCUGGCUCAACUUCUCCUUCCCUCCUCCGGAUCUUUUGGCCUUGUCGUGGGCAUUGCUGUUGCGUGAAUAUACCGCCGAGGUUCAGCCUGUCUUCCUGCUGGACGGAUUCCCUACCAAGGCUGAUCUGGACGCCCGUCGACUGCUUCCCGUCGUCUUGGAGCACGAAUUGGACGCCGACACCACGUCUUCGCGCGAUUAUACUGCCAUCACGUUGCAUACCGGAGACAAGCAGGACAAGGGAAACAGCAAUCGAAGUGACACAACGUUAGCGCUGUCGUUGGAGUUGGAUCUUGCCACUGGAAUGGGACGACUGUCGUCUCGAAGCAUCGGCAUGCCCUUCCUGACCAAGAUUGGGAAGCGUUUUCGCCGUCUGGUCCGGGCGGAAGCUCACCAGCGGGGACUGCUGACCACUGUCGAUCACCCCAUUGGAUCCGAAGAAGAAGCCGAAGAAGAGGAGGAAAAGACCAGGGAGAAGCUGAAAGAGAAGGAGGAGACAUCUGCCGCCCUUUCCGUUUCAAAUAAUGACCCAGAGACCCUGCCAGGACCGACCGUCCUCCAUGAGUUGGCGUUGAACGGAACAAAAUCAUCCCCCUAUGCCAUUGAAUUCCUGACUGCAGACGGGUCCGUCAAACAGCUGUCGUAUACCGAAUUAGACCGACUCUCCUCUCACCUGGCCGCCCGAAUAACCGCCUCGAUCCAGAAUCCAUCAUCCCAAGAAGAAAAAGAAACCCAGCAGCACCCGCCCUUUGUUGUCCCCGUCCUGCUUCCCCAAUCCCUCGAUCUUUAUGUUGCCUGGCUCGCGGUCCUCAAGGCGGGCGGCGCAUUUUGCCCGCUCGGCAUCGAUAUCCCCACUGAACGUAUCGACUUCAUUCUCCAAGAUGUUGACGCCGCCGUCGUGAUCACAUGGAGCUCGCUGGCCUCACGGUUUUCGGAGCCUGGGAACGUGACCCUCAUCUUUGCCGACAACAUGGACCCGGAAACAACCACCCCCGUCAUUUCCCCUCCAUCAGGAAGAACGUGUAGUACUUCGGAUCUUGCCUAUGUGAUGUAUACCUCCGGCUCGACCGGACGGCCCAAGGGUGUUGGAGUCUCCCAUCGAGCCGCAACCCAGUCGUUGCUUGCGCACAAUGAGUUAAUACCCUCAUUCAAACGAUUCUUACAAUUCGCCUCUCCAACCUUUGACGUCUCUGUGUUUGAGGUCUUCUUCCCGCUGUUCCGCGGAGCAACCCUCAUCGGCGCCGACAGAGAGACCAUGCUGCGGGAUCUGCCCCUCGUAAUCAACACCAUGGAGGCCGACGCAGCCGAGCUCACCCCGACGGUGGCCGGUGAACUGCUGCGCAAACGUGCCGCGGCUCCUUCGCUGCGUGUCCUUCUUACCAUUGGCGAAAUGCUCACCCGUCACGUUGUCUCCGAGUUUGGUCACUCUGAAACGAUGCCCGGCAUCCUCCAUGGGAUGUAUGGCCCAACCGAGGCGGCCAUCCAUUGCACGGCCGCCACCCAGUUUCCCUCGGCCUCCAGUGUGAACCUGAUCGGUCGACCCUUCAGGACGGUCUCAGCCUACAUAUUCGCCAUCCCGAGUGAGGAUCACCAACAACAGAAGACAGUCAAGACUGAACCCGAGCUUCUGCCUCUCGGUCAGAUCGGAGAGCUCGUCAUCGGCGGACCUCAGCUCGCUGACGGCUAUAUCAACCGACCGGAAGAAAAUGCAAAGGCUUUCCUGGAUCUGCCGGGCUAUGGCAGGCUGUAUCGAACCGGUGACAAGGCCCGGAUGCUCCCCAACGGUGAGAUCGAGUGUUUCGGUCGCAUCUCUAGCGGUCAGGUCAAGCUGAGAGGUCAGCGCAUGGAACUCGGCGAGAUUGAAAACGUUAUCUGCAUGGCACCACAUGUCCGGACCGCCGUCGCCCUGGUUGCGGGCGGAACCCUCGUCGCCUUUGUCCAGGCACAAGAUGACGAUGAUGAUGAUGAUGAUGAUGAUGAUGAUGACGACGACGAUGAUAAUAAUACUACUCCUAAUGAUGAUACUAACCGUAAUGCUUAUGAUGAUGAUCAAGCGCUAAUCUCUACUGAAGUUCAGCAAGUGUGUCGCCAAUGGCUUCCCCGGUUCAUGGUGCCGGGAGAGACCAUCCUUUUGAAUAGAUUUCCACAGCUACCUUCGGGGAAAAUUGACAGGAAGACUCUGGAAGCCAACUACCUAAAACAACGCAACGAGACCCAAACAAAUGCUAACCGAGAGUUUCGCGAUGAGCUCGAAGAACAGAUCUCCCGCUGUGUAGGAACGGUCCUCGGGGCAGCUCCCAAGUCCUCCUCAGACAGCUUAGCAGCGGCAGGUCUGGAUUCGCUCAAAGCCAUUCAGCUCGCCGCCCAGCUUCGGGCCGAGGGCCUGAAUCUUGAAGUCGGAAAACUGUUAGCAGCGGAUUCGGUGACUCAUAUCUGGCAUCUGGCAAAGCAGUUCUCAAGUUCCAAACAAACAGGAGAUCAGGAGGGCCAGUCACAAGAAGAAGAUAGCUGGCAAGCAGUAAGAUAUAUCGGCGCGGAGAAGCUGCGCUCAAUCGGGCUUGAUGUGGCCCUUGAAGCGGUAGAGCCCUGCAGUCCAAUCCAACAGGCAAUGAUCGUCGAAACCAUGCGGGCGUCACAGGCGUAUAGUAACUGGAUCGAGCUGGAAUUCGAGCCUCCCGUCCACCGCAUUUCAAUUCUGAAAGAGGCGCUGCAGAAGGUAUGCCAGAAGAAUGAUCUGCUUCGAUCUGGCUUCAUCGAAAUCGGUGUCAAGGAUCAUUUGUACAGUCGCUUCGUCUGGAAUGAGCUGCAAGAGCAUAUUUUCCAGCCAUGUGAGCAAUUCAACUAUAAUGUGGAGAUGAAAGAUCAACACGGUAUCCUCUAUCCACUCCAUAUACAAUUCCGAGAAGAAGGAGAACGGAAGCUCUCAGUGCUCCUUCAUAUCCAUCAUGCACUGUAUGAUGGCUGGUCCUGGCAGUUAAUCUUGUCAGACCUUCAUACUGCACUGACAGGACAGGAGCCCAAGGACAGACCGUCAUACCGCACCAUCACCGAGUUUCUUUUGAAGUCUACCAGGGACUCGAGUUCAAAGGAUGCCAGCACAUACUGGCACAACCUGCUCUACAAGAUGUCUCCAACCAUGUGGCCGAAUUUCAACGAUCGGACCGAUCUUCCUCAGAGCUCCAGCCAGGUCUUCAGACCACUGGAUGUAUCUCUAGCCAAACUGGACGAAGUAACUCGAUUCCUGCGGGUCAGCCGGCAGACGAUCUUCCAGGCCGCCCUGUGCUAUCUUCUUUCUUCAUACAUGGGAACGGACGAUGUAAUCUUUGGAACCGUUUCAUCUGGCAGGACCCUGCCGGUAGCAGGCAUCGAAUCGACCAUCGGGCCAUGUCUGCGCGUUCUGCCAACGCGCAUCAAGCUGGACCAGUUGAAGACGGCGGCCGAUCUCGUCUUGGCUGUCCAGAAUAUGAACCGCAAGGCUCUGGAGUAUGGAAAUCUCCCCCUCCAAGACAUCAAGAGAGUGUCAGGCAUCAACAUGACUCUCAGCCUCUUUGAUACCGCAGUUGCCUGGCAGGAGACGCUGUGGUCUGACCAAGCGCCUUCCUCACUCUUCCGAGAGGUUGCUUCCGCAGAUUUCCUCGAAUUUACCCUCAUGCUGGAGCUAGAGCCUAGAGAUAACAAGAUCUAUGCCAUGGCGACUCACCAGACCUCUAGCCUGCCAUCCGCACAGGUGGUGCUGCUGUUAGAGCAGAUAGAUCGAGUUGCAUCGAUCAUUCUGGACUCCCCUAGCCUACCCCUGGGCAGCUUAUCGCUUCGUCUUCCACCAUCAACUUUAUCGAUCGAGAACGAGAACUUUGAGACAGUCCCCUACUCCGAGAAUCUUUCCGUAAGGGUUGAAUACUACGCAUCAUCGGACCCUGACAGGGUCGCGGUGGAAUUCAUCCAUUCCCACGAACUGGAUACAGGAGCUAUGGACACCAGAACGCUGACUUACUCUGAGUUAAACCGUCGGGCGAACAAGCUAGCACACCAUUUGAUCGAUCUGGGAGUGAGGCCUGAUGACUUUGUCUGCAUUUUGAUGGAGAAAUCUCCGGAGCUGUACAUUUCCAUCCUCGCCACCAUUAAAGCUGGCGCAGGCUAUGUUCCCAUCACAAUCCAGACGCCAAUCCAGCGCAUCCAUACGAUCCUGUGUGAGACAAAGGCCCCUUUCUGCAUCACAGACUCUCUCGUGGAUCACCACUUGUCUGCUGUAGAAUCACUCCAAGUGGUUAACUGGAAAGAUGACGGUUUCAAGGAUUCUCCAGAUCAUGAUUUACACAUGGUAAAUCAGGGAUCUGACCUUGCAUAUGCCGUGUUUACCUCUGGGAGCACAGGUACCCCCAAGGGCGUUUCGGUCACUCGACAUAACCUCCAGAGCAACAUUGCAAUCCUUGCAGACCUCUACCCCGUGUCCAAGGAUUCCAAGAUGCUCCAGGCAUGCUCUCACGCGUUUGAUGUCUCUGUCUUUGAAAUAUUCUUCGCCUGGCACACCGGAAUGACUCUGUGCUCCACAACCAACGACAUCAUGUUCCGAGACAUUGAGAAUGUCAUUCGAUCUAUCAAUGUCACUCAUCUCAGUCUCACCCCAACGGUGGCGGCCAUUAUCAACCCCGAGAACGUGCCUGGUGUUCGCUUCCUCAUCACAGCUGGUGAAGGCUUGACGGCCAAGGUCCAUCGGGAAUGGGCAGGGCGAGGGUUGUGGCAGGGGUAUGGUCCGAGCGAAACUACGAAUAUCUGCACGGUGCGUCCUAAUGUACUUGCAAACGAUGUGAUGCGAAACAUUGGGUCACCGUUGAAGAAUACGUCUGUGUUCGUUGUGGCAGAUAAGGAUGAUUUUCGACUACUCCCCCGCGGCGCCGUUGGAGAACUUGUCUUCGGCGGAGACCAAGUGGCUCAGGGAUAUUUGAAUAUGCCGGGGUUGACCGCCGAAAAGUUCCUCGAGCACUCUCAAUACGGCAGACUUUAUAGAACUGGUGACUAUGGGAGAUUGUUGGCGGAUGGUACCAUUGUUUUCAUGGGCCGACAGGACAACCAAGUAAAGCUUCGCGGUCAGCGGGUUGAACUUGGGGAGAUCAAUAGCGUUCUCUCCCGCCAGAGCAGCGUAAAGGAUUGUGCGACGAUGAUCGUAGACAGAGGCGAACAGCAGCAGCUCGUCACAUUUUUGGUUCCCGUCUCUCAGGAAUCCAAUGGUAAGAUGGGCAAUCACAUGGUUCAAGAUCUCUACAAAGUGCUCGGCGAUGCACUUCCGACAUAUAUGAUCCCUUCGAUGCUGAUUCCCGUGGAAACAAUCCCGAUGAAUUCAAACACGAAGACGGAUUACAAGAAACUGAUCCAGCAGCUGGAGGAGAUGAGUCUAGAGGAGCUGCAACUUUUCUCUCCCCAAGAACCACUCGCUGAUGAUGAUGGCGAUGAUGGAGAGAACAUGUCCGAGACGGAGGAGAAGAUUGCAAAAAUCCUGGCAGAGCUUACCGGCGUAGAUGUGCUUGCUUUCUCCAGGCACACGUCCUUUUACAAUCUGGGCUUGGACUCUAUUUCCGCCAUCACGUUCUCCAAACGUCUCCGGAUGGCCGGGCUUGGUCAGUUGGAUGUUUCCAUGAUUCUACGCCAUAGCUCCGUGGUACAGCUGUCGACCUUGAUCUCUUCUACCGUCGUCACCCAGACAGCGUCGGCGAAAAGUCCUGUCCAAACACCAGACCUGAUCUUCGAUGAUGCUUUCCAGCGGCAAAUCCAAGACGAGAUGGCCCGUUCCGGCCAGGAGGUAGAAGCUAUCUAUCCCUGUACCCCGUUGCAGGAGGCUAUGCUGUCAUCGGACCCUUCGCAGACGGACUCGGCUUAUUUCAACCAUCUCUGUUUCAGAAUUCAUCGGAGCAUUGACGAGAUGCAAGCCGCCUGGGACCAGAUGCUCCAUCGGCACUCGAUCCUCAGAACCCACUUCAGGUCGACCAGUGAUCCCCGAUUCGCAUACGCACAGGUGGUUGUGAAGAAUGCUGCUGCCUUACCAUGGUCUUACAUUGACACCAGCUCGGAAGAAGAACUUGAGCAUCAGAUAUCACGGACAAAGGAGACAUUCCAACAAUGGACCCUGGAGAGCGAGAAUCUUCCCUACGCGCUGACAGUGCUGCGAGAUGUCACUGCGGACAAAACCAUUCUACUGUUCUCGAUGCACCACGCACUGCACGAUGGUGAAGCCAUGACGCAGCUACUACAAGAAGUUGAGUCAUGCCUCACUUCCAGGGAAUUACCCGAGGUAGCUUCCUUUGGCACCUUCAUCGAUUUCAUGCUUCGUUCGGAUACAAAUGCGUCGGACCAUUAUUGGGACCAGUAUCUGCAUGAUGUCUCGCCCGUACUUUUCUCCCGCAAUAAAACUGCCGUGGAGAAGAAGAAGAAGAAGAACGAUGGAAGUGGUGAUACCGGCCAGAGUCAUGCCAGUCUUGAUAUUCCCCUGGCGACGUUCAAGACCCACUGCAAAGAGGUGGCCGUCUCUCCUCUCAACGUCUUUCAUGCGGCAUGGGCCCGGUUGCUAUCCCUCUACACCGAAUCUUUAGAUGUAUGCUUUGGCAAUGUCUUUAGCGGCCGGACCGUGCCUCUUGACGGCGUGGAUCGUAUUAUCGGGCCCUGUUUCAACACCCUUCCCGUUCGCUUUCAGUUCUCGGUCGGUGCAACGAAUUCCGACAUCAUGACGCUCGCCCAGAAGGUCAACAGUGACACCUUGCCCUACCAGCUAAGCUCGCUUCGUCGCAUUCAGAAGCGGUUUGCGAGGAACGGGUCCCGUCUGUUUGAUACAUUGGUUCUCUUACAGAACAGAAAUGUCGACCUCGAUGCCCAGCUGUGGGAACUCAUAUCGGAAGAGGGAGCUAUGGAUUUCCCCAUGAUCUGCGAGAUCAUCCCGGAUGAGAAGCAGAACAGUAUUUCUAUCUGUCUACAUUAUCAACGGUCAUUUGUCUCCGACGGUGAUGCGGAAUUGAUCAAGAACCACUUUGCGGCUCUCGUCAGUGAUACCAUUCGAUACCCAGCUGCCCAAGCCUCAGACAAACGCUCCCUAGGCGGGGAACUGCCGCUCCUUGCACAGGAAUUGAAGGAGAAUAGUUUCAAAUCAGUGUCGAACGUUCCAAAUGGACUCCGCACACCCCAUCCGCUGUCCACUAAAGAGAUCGAAGUCCGGGACAUUCUUUGUCGAUUCACCGAGGUUCCCGAAGAGUCGAUCACGCAGCAGACCACUAUCUUCCAGCUUGGUUUAGAUAGUAUCAAUGCGGUUCAGAUCUCUGCAUCGUUGCGCAAACAGGGGCAUAUCAUAUCGGCCGCCGAUAUCUUGGAGGCUGCUACCGUCGGUGAAAUUGCAGCACUGAUCGUUUCGUCGAAUGAAUCCUCAGAAAGAAAGGAGACCUUUGACUUCUCCUCUUUUCAAUUUCUCCAUAUCGACUCAGUUUGUGACCAGCUUCGAAUCUCCCCAACCACGGUCGACGCUUUACGGCCAUGUACACCCGUGCAGAAUGGAAUGCUGGCCAUGUUCAUUCACUCUCGCGGGGAUGUCUACUUCAACCGGGUGUCGUGGAGUCUACCAGCGCCUGUCAAGACCGCAUUACUGCGAGACGCAUGGUCUCAGGUGAUGGCGAGGCAUGAGAUGCUUCGCACGGGAUUCGUCCAGCUUCAAGACAAACAAUACCCGUUUGCAAUGAUCACGUAUCGGAAGGAGUCCUCCCAGCUCCCGUGGUACGAGGAGGGUAUAGUCUCGCCUCGCUCGCAGGAAGAUCUCCUGAAAGAUCUUCAUCUACCACCCUGGUACAUCACUGUUGAGGCAUCCGAGACCAGCUCAGUGGUUCAUUUCGCUGCGCUCCAUGCCCUCUACGAUGCGCAGAGUCUGAAUCUGAUCCUCGCAGAUGUAGUGGCAGCAGUCCGUGGGGAGUUUCUGGGCAAGGAACCCGUUUCAAUUCCAUCUACACUGGGUCCCAUCCUUGUGGAGAGUCACCGGACAAACGAUGAGGCCCGCGACUUUUGGGAAGGGAUCGCUCCUGAGACGCGGACAUGCAAGUUUCCUGAUCUACAUCCCUACCGUGAAGAUAAAAAGGACCUGCUCGUGGCGACGAAACGCUGCUCGCUCUCCCGCAAGUCUCUGGAAGAUGCCUGUCAGGAACGGUCCAUCACGCUACAGGCCGCAGGCCAGGCAGCAUGGGCACGAGUGCUCUCCGCGUAUACAAACGAGCCCAGCGUGACCUUUGGCGUCGUCUUCUCUGGACGUACCCUCUCUGACGCUGUCGAAGAGGCUGUUUUCCCCUGUCUUGUCACACUGCCCUCUCCAUGCACGGUGCAGGGCACCAACCGUGAACUGGUGAGGCAGGUUAUGGCACGUAACGCAUGGCUGAUGAAGAGUCAAUUCGCACCAUUGUCUCAGAUCCAGCGUUGGUUGAAGGCAGACGAGGGGCUUUUCGAUACCCUCUUUGUUUACCAAAAGUUCUCAUCAUCUACGGAGCAGCCAAUCGAGUGGGAAGUGGUAGAGGAAGAUGCCAAAGUCGAUUAUCCUGUGUCGAUUGAACUCGUCCCCGAAGCGUCGGAACUAGAGUUCCGCUUGACACACAGGGCUGACAUCGUUCCUAGGGAGCAGGCAAUGCUCCUACUCGAGCAAUUCGAUAUCUUCUUCAAGGACCUGAUCUUCUCCCCGGACUCGGACUCGGGCGAUCACUCGUCUCUUGGGCCCAAACUAUUGUCCAUCACGCCGGCCCAAGAAAACGAAAUCCCCUGCGAAGUCAGUCUUCUUCACCAGUUCGUUGAAUUGAAUGCAGAAAGGAUGCCCUCCAAACUCGCAUUUGAAUUCGCGCACCAGAUCACCGACGAGAAGAUCUACAAAAGAACCUGGUCGUACAAGGAGUUCAAUGACGACGGGAACCGAAUUGCCCGUCUGCUACAAAGCAGAGGCGCAGUCCCAGGGUCACUCAUCGCCAUCUCCUUUGAUAAAUGCCCAGAAGCCUCUCUUGCGAUCCUGGGUAUCCUCAAGGCAGGCUGCGCGUAUGUGGCAAUCGACCCCAGCGCCCCAAUUGCACGGAAGCAGUUCAUCCUCCAGGACUCCGCCUCUCGCUUCUUGCUUUGCAGCAUGGCCGCGUGCGCAGAGCUCAGGGAACACCUUGAAGGUGUAGUAGACAUUGUGGCUAUGGAUCAACCUGAUCUGCUCAAGGACAUAUCCGCCUCUGAGCCGUCGCUAGCCCGUCCGAUCCAGCCCGAUGACACUUGCUACUGCUUGUACACUUCCGGUACAACUGGGACACCGAAGGGAUGUGAGAUUACACAUUACAAUGCGGUACAAGCUAUGCUGGCCUUCCAGAGGCUAUUCAGCGGUCACUGGGACGAAGACUCCAAGUGGCUGCAAUUUGCAUCCUUCCACUUUGACGUCAGUGUAUUGGAGCAGUACUGGAGCUGGAGCGUGGGGAUCUGUGUUACUUCCUGCCCACGGGAUCUCCUAUUCGAAGAUUUGCCCGGCACGAUUCAUCGCCUCGGAAUCACGCACAUCGACCUCACCCCGAGUCUGGCGCGACUCGUUCAACCAGAGGACGUGCCUUCACUGUGCAGGGGGGUCUUUAUCACUGGAGGAGAGCAGUUGAAACAAGAGAUUCUCGAUGCCUGGGGGAAACAUGGAGUCAUCUACAAUGGCUAUGGACCAACAGAGGUCACCAUCGGCUGUACCAUGCUGCCCAGGGUCCCGGUCAACGGGAAACCGACCAACAUCGGACCCCAAUUUGAUAACGUAGGCUCCUACGUCUUGAUACCUGCCACGGCUACCCCCGUGCCUCGCGGCACCAUCGGAGAGUUGUGUGUCUCCGGCGCUCUGGUCGGCAAGGGAUAUCUCAACCGAGCCGAGUUGACCAAGGAGAAGUUCCAGGUCCUGGAGGAGUUUGGUGGAGACCGUAUCUAUCGAACCGGUGACCUGGUCCGGAUUCUUCAUGAUGGAAGCUUCCAGUUCCUAGGACGUAUGGACGACCAGGUCAAGCUCCGCGGCCAGAGGCUCGAGAUUGGAGAGAUCAACGAAGUCAUCAAGCAUGCAGCACCGGACCUAGGCGAAGUUACUACUCUCGUCACCAGGCAUCCGAAGCAGUCUAGAGAGCAGCUGGUCUCCUUUGUGACCAUCCGCGCUGCUGACCAUGGCGGCAAACGGCCCGAGGCAAAGAUCCGUUUUGUCCCAGAAGACCGGACGUUCCUGUCUCAAAUCCGUAACGCCUGUCAUACCAGGCUUCCAGGAUAUAUGGUCCCAACGCACAUCAUCCCCAUGACUUCUUUCCCUCUGUCUGCCAAUAACAAGAUUGACGCGAAAAUCCUGAAGAGCAUGUACGGAGAUCUCUUGCUGGAGGACAUCCAGCGAUUGACCUCCAUGAGCAACGAGCCUCUCGGAUACAACGAGGACGAACAGAAGAUCAAGUCUGUCCUGGUCCGGUUUGCUGGCUUGGCAGAGAACGAGAUCUCCCGAUGGUCGAGUAUCUAUGAGUUGGGCCUCGAUUCCAUUUCUGUGAUUUCGUUUUCAAGGGAUCUCAAAUCCGCGGGCUUUACAAACUGCCAGCCAUCGCUAAUCAUGAAGAAUCCUACGAUUUCAGGCAUGGCGUCUGCAUUGCGAGAGGCCGGUCAAUCCUCGGCAUGGAAUGCAAAUGUGCAAAAUGCAAAGCAAAUGAUCGAGGCCUUUUCCCAUAGGCAUACCCAUGCAAUCACUACUAAUCUUGGAGUCAGCAGUGACGAUAUUCAGAAGAUCGCGCCGUGCACUCCACUCCAGGAGGGAAUUAUCUAUCAAUUCCUCAAUAGUGACAAACCUCUCUAUUGUUCUGCAUUCACCUUUGAACUGGACCGCUCGGUUGAUGUAUCUCGGUUGCAAAAGGCUUGGUCACAGACACAAGCUGACGUCGAGAUGCUGCAUACAACGUUCUCAAUCACCCCAGAUGGCUAUGCCCAGGUUGCCAUGAACCAAUAUGAGGCCCCUUGGUUCCAACACAAAGUAGAUUCUGAAGAGGAGCUUGAGCGCGUCAAGGAGGAAAUCUUCAAAUCAUGGGUCUCCGGUCUUAGUGACCUCCAGACCAAGCUUUGGGAGGUCGGUGUCAUUGAGUCGCCAGAGAGAGUCGUCAUGUCUCUGAACAUCUUCCACCCAUUGUAUGAUGGGAAUAGUUUGUCUCUUAUGCUGGAGAAAGUUGCGAACGUCUACUUUGACGAAGAUCAGAAAAGCCCCGAGGCGGAUGCAUCGUUCUUCGAUCUGCUUCCAAUGGGUCCUUUAUGCAAGGACCCCUCCGCAGAACCAUUCUGGAAGAAGAGUCUGAAACUUCCGCGACAUAACUUGUUCCCACGCACAAACUCAAGAGACCACGCCGCUUUCGAACAAGAGGUGCAAAUGGAUGAGACUGGGGCGCUGGAGAAAGUGAAGGUCUUGCUCAACGUUACUGAACAAGCUGUCAUCCAUGCCUGUUGGCUCUUGACGCUCUACCAACACUUCUCUCGAGUUCCCUCUCUGGGUGUAGUUGUUUCGGGGAGAUCCAUGGAUGCGCCGGGAGUUGAGGGUGUCAUGGGUCCCUUAUUCAAUACCAUCCCCAGCCAUGUUGAACUUCAGGAUUUGAAGAGUUGGUCAGAUGUCGUGCAACGCUGCCAUGACUAUCAAGCAUCGACAAUCUCAUUCCAGCACACUCCACUGCGUGAUAUCAUGAAGUGGACCGGCCGCAAUCCGGACAGUCCGCUUUUUGAUUCCCUUUUUGUCUUCCAAAGAGCCGGUGGGCCCAGUCAAAGCAAUGCAGACCGUCUAUGGAAGCCACUGGCUUCACAGGCAGAGCCUGAAUAUACCGCAGCCUUUGAGGUUGUCCACAACAGCGACAAGUCUCUGUCUCUGACGCUUGUAUGCCAAGAGCAUGUCAUGUCUGUGGAAACAGGGCAAGAACUCUUAGCAACAUUCCAACAAGUCAUGCAGGAGCUGGCAGUCGACUCACAAAAGGCACUACGCCAGCCGAACGGGGCUGGCGACCUUGAAAAUGGCACUGAACCUCAUGAAAGUUCUGAUUCUAAGCAGAUCUUGACCAACGGUCAUGAGAGUCCUCGUUUGGACUUUCAAUGGUCACCGGAGGCGUCUGCCAUUCGAGAAGUUAUCGGUGAUCUGGCGGGUGUUGAGAUAGAAUCAAUCAGGGAUGACACCUCUGUUUUCGAGCUGGGACUGGAUAGCAUUGACGCAAUCAAGAUCUCCUCGAGACUCAGCAAGAGAGAUAUCAAAUUAUCUGUCAGCAGCAUCAUGCGCUACCGUACUAUCAGGAAGAUGGUCGAGCAGCUCCACCCCAUGAAUCAGGUCAUGCAGGCUCAGUCUCCGUCGUUAUCAGUGCUAUCCCAGCUUGAAGGAAAGCUGACGAGCUUCCUGGAGAAAGAAGGCCAGAUCUCUGCAGACGUUUCUCGAGUCUUACCCGCCACGCCUAUCCAAGAAGCCAUGGUUGCGGAAAUGGUCGCUUCAGACUAUGAGCGUUAUUACAACCAUGACGUCUUGGAGCUGGCAACUCAUGUAGAGCUCGCGAGGCUAGAAUGUGCAUGGAGAGAUGUCGUUAAAGCGAACCCAAUCCUCCGAACUUCGUUUGCCGAGAUCUGGGAUCCAGAACUACCCAUGUCAUAUAUGCAGGUGGUGCACGGGGCGGCCCUGGAUACCAGCCUUCGGGUUGUUGAGCUUGGUAAUGGCGAGAGUGUCGACACCGUCAUAAAAGAUCACCGCCUCAGAGCGCUUUCGUACAGCGAACAGCAACGGCCUUUGGUGGACCUCUCGAUUGCCAUCGACUCUGGGAAACGAUACCUCAUCCUGUCACUCGCUCAUGCACUUUACGAUGGCUGGUCUAUCACUUUGCUCCAUGAGCAGAUAGCCAAACGUUACCAUUCCGCCAACGAGAGCGACUUGACGACCGAGAGUCCCUCAUACGAUCUGAUGAUUGAGCAUAUCAUGCAAUCCUCCGGGGACAAGAAUGCCAUGAGAUUCUGGCAGACAGCCCUCGCAAAUUUCAAACCAACGCCAUUCCCCAGGCGUGCUGUAACGCAGGCGAAGGGGGGUUUGCACCGGGAAGAGCGCUGCUUUUCGAUACGCCGCAGUGCCGCCGAGGAAUUCUGCAAAAGUCAUGGAGUGACAAUGCAAGCUCUCUCCGUCACCUGCUGGACUCUGGUGCUGUCUCGUUAUCUCAACAAUAGCCUGGACGUUGCCUUUGGACUGGUCCUGUCGGGUCGAAACAUUGUCAACUCGGAGAGUGUCAUGUUCCCAACCAUGAACACGGUGGCGAUGCGAGCCAUUCUUCACGGCACCAAGUCUGACAUGGUGCGAUACGUUCACGGAGCCUUGGUGGACAUGUCCGAGUAUCAACAUUUCCCCCUUCGAAAGGUCCAGGCUGAGGCCAGAUCGCAGCAGUUGUUUGAUACGCUGUUCAUAUACCAGAAACGACCCUCGGAGGGCGUGUCUGAGAAAGAUCUAACUCUUUAUCAGUCCGUUGGGGGUUCUUCGGCGGUAGAGUACCCUGUCAGUUUGGAGAUCGAGUGCAUUGGGGAGAGAAUCAUCUGCCGUGUGGCUUGCCGGGACGAUGUGAUGGAUGGUGCAGGUGCUCUCGCUUUACUGGACCGCAUGGAGACGACCAUGUCGACGAUUCUUCGGGAGCCCAACCAGGCAACGAUCGAAGUUGUGGACGGCCCGGUGGAGACGGUGCCCUCGGAGGGGAUUCGUGAGGGAAAACCCCCGACCGAUGCUCAGCCGCAAGACCCGACAACAUGGUCUACAAUCGAGUCUCAGAUCCGACAAGUGCUUGCUCUAGUGUCGGGGAUGCCGGAGGAGCAGAUCAACAAGGGAGCCACGCUAUUCCAUCUCGGAUUGGACAGCAUUAGCGCAAUCAAAGUGGCUGCUCUGCUGAAGAAACGAUCAUCCAUCAGUCUGUCUGUAAGUCAGAUGCUGCAGGCGGGCACGAUUGAGAAGAUGGCCCAGCAGGUGCGAAUCAAGGAGGGUCGCGAGGAGGGUCCUACAGCGGAGGCUCUUGAUGCCGUCCUAGCUUCUCUACUGGAUGGCAUUGACAGGGACGAUCUGCUGCAAACGCACGGCAUCGAUCCCGAGCAGGUUGAAGCGAUGUUUCCCGCGACGGCUGGGCAGACAUACUUCCUCGGCAUGAAUCAGGCGAACCCGGCCGUCUUCUAUGCCUCAUUCCUGUACCGGUCGAGGCAAGUGCUCGGCCAGCCGGCCGUUGAAGAGGCCUGGACGCGGCUGCAAGGCAUGCUGCCCAUCCUACGGACCGCGUUUUUCAGGACACGCGCAAGAGCAGAUGUACCGUACGUGCAAGCUGUAUUCAGGACUGUGCAGAAUCCAGUCAUCUGGCAUAAGGAGGAGGAGGAGGAGGAAAUGAUGCAGGGACAGGACGUCAAGCGAGACAUCGGGUCUGUGCCUGUCUCAUUGCACGCCUGCCAGACCUCGACAGGGACCUUGAUCCGUCUGCAGAUCCACCAUGCACUCUACGAUGCCGUGAGUCUACCGAAGAUGGUGGAUCUGCUGGGCAGGCUCUGUCACAAACGGGAGACUAUUCCAUCUGCCAUCAGCGGCCAACACACCGAUCUCUCACGAUUCGUGGGCCUGGAGAGAAUCCAGGCGCCGCUCGAGACCAAACGAGCGUUCUGGCAAGGCUACCUGGGGAGGUCGUCGAGGAAUGAGGAUAACCAUCGUCUUCCACCCGCUCCUCGGUUUGGCGCUAUUGAGAAGCAGUACUAUCGACCGGGGCUGGUGUCACAUAUGGGACGGCUAGAGGAGAUCGCCAGGCAACACAGUCUGAGCGUGCAGGCGAUCUUCCUCGCGGUGUAUGCCAAGGUCCACGCCGUCACUCUUCUGAAUGAUCAUGACCAUGAUCAUCAUGGGUCCCGGGAUGGGCGCCCCACGGCGAUUGGGCUGUACCUUGCCAACCGGUCCCAGGACGGGGCUUCCGAGCUGGUGGCGCCGACGGUGAAUAUCGUACCUCUACGGAUCGACGACAAGAGCAAGAGCGGCAGCGACUCGGUCUCGAUCCUCGAGUCGGCGCGGCGAAUCCAGGCGGAGGUUGGCGAGAUCAGCCGGGACGAGCAUGCGGGGGUGUCGCUGGUGGACAUCCAGGCGUGGACGGGGGUGAGAAUCGAUACGUGUGUGAAUUUCCUGCGGAUUCCCGAGCCGACGACCCAGGGCGAGGCCGAGCGGGUGGAGUUUGAGCCGGUGGAGGCGAGAUUGCCGGAGAAGAGGUUGGCAGAGCAGCAGGAGGAGGAGGGGGAGAUUCUCGAAGAAUUACCAGGAAUCUUUCAGCCCACCAUGGACAUUGAGGCGGCGAUCCGCCAUGACGCGCUGGACGUGGGCGUCUUUGGGGUGGGGGAGGCGGCGGAGGAGAUUCUGGCGACGAUAGCGAGCGAGGUGGAGAUGUUAUUCAAGAAUCCCUUCUCGGCGUGCGCGUGCGGCGUGUUCGGACGCGUGUGUGUCCCGACUCGGUGGUAUCCGGUCCGUAUGGAGGAGACAUCAACAUCGUCGGAUUCCUGGGGCUCGUUGGGCCACACGCUGCUGGACUGUACAUUCGACCACAUUCCAGAGCGCUCGCUUGACUCGCUCUUCCUCACCCUCUUCUCACGCACGCUCACGGCUUGCAGAAGGUUUGCAGAGGGUUUGCAGACACUUCUACAAGUCGUGAACAACCUCUGA